ACAACCUACACCAUGAAGCUCGCUGUGAUCCUCGCCCUGGUUGCUGUAGCUGUGGCCGACAAGCUGGCCCCCGUCCCCCUGCCCGUCGCCAUCCUCCGCAGCCAACAGGUCAACCCCGACGAGUUCGGUGCCCACAGCUCCGACUUUGAGGCAGAGAACGGCAUCCAGUUCCAGUUUGCUGGCAACGAGGGUGUUGGUGGCGGUUCCAACAUGGCCGGCUCCUGGAGCUACCUCCAGGAGGACGGCAGUGUAGCGACAGUCCAGUUCGUGGCUGACGAGAACGGUUUCCAGCCCCAGUCCGACCUGCUGCCCGUGGCCCCCGCCUUCCCCCACCCCAUCCCCCAGUUCGUCCUCGACCAGAUCGCCUUCGCUGCUGAGGAAGAUAAGCGCAAGGCUAAAGUAGGUGAAGCCGCAGCCACUGAAUAAGACCUCGUAUACUGGAGGACCUGUAAGCUGUCAUAGAUUCAUUGAAGUGUAUGACUGACUGUACAAAUGUUACUGUGUAGGAAUGUUGAGUGUAUUUAAUGAUAUGAUGCUAAUGCUACAUAUGCGAGGUAUACUGUAUUUGUAAAUAGUGUGCAAAUAAAUUAAAACUUAGCUACCAA